GGUUAAUCACAGAAUAUAUUCAUCUUUGAGUUUUAUCAAUGGAUCGGAAGAACACGAGCGCGUGUAGAGGAGACGAAGAUCAUCCCUUUGCCUUGUCCUCCAAGGGAGGUGAAAACCCUAAGAAUAAAUCAUAUAAUGUAAGGUUUGAUCUGCUUGGUAUUGAAGAUUACGAGGAAGAGACAGGGGAUGAUGUUAAUGUUGAAUUGAGUGAUGAGUUAAUGCUUGGAAUACAAGUUAACGAAGAAACUAAUACUAAGAGUGAUGAUGUUGGGGAAACCUCGAGGAGUAAGAAAAAGAAGAAGAACAAGAGUGGAAAGACUCCACAUAAAGAAGAAGAUUUGGACAAGAUUCUUGCAGAGCUUGGGAUCACUCCUGUUUCACCAGCACAACCUGAGCUAGUUCCACCAGCAGAAGAUGGCUCAAAGGAUGGAGAAGAAGAGACUGUCGUGUCAGUUUCAGCGAAGAAAAAGAAGAAGGACAAGGACAAUAAAGUGUCUGCUUCUUCCGUGGAAGCUAAGGAUGGGCCAUCACAGCCUCAUAAGAAAGUUCCUAAACACAUUCUAGAGAUGCAAGAGAUGGUUGCGCGGCGGAAAGAAGCUGAAGAGAUGAAGAAGAAGGAAGAGGAAGAGAAGUUGAGGAAAGAGGAAGAGGAGCGCCGCAUUCAGGAAGAGCGAGAAAGGGGAGCUGAAGAGAUUAAACAGAAGAGGAAGAUAAGGGAAAAGGAGAAGAUGCUGAAGAAGAAGCAAGAAGGAGGGAUUCUUACAGAGAAGCAGAAGAGGGACAAGGCUUACAAGAACAAGAUGUUGUCUGACGCUGGAAUGCUUCUUGCUUCGGAUAAGAACACUGAUUCUUCAAAGCGUCCCGUUUAUGGCAACAAAAGAAAACCAGCUCGCGCAAAAGAAAACGACUCUGCUUCUGUCCUGACAAAAGAGAAACAUGCAGAUGUAGUACCUUCACCUGAGCCGGAUAAGAAAGAAGAAGCUGGUGAUGAGGAGGAUGAUUGGGAAGCAAAAAGUGAUGAUUCUGUUAAUAUAAUGGGUGAUUAUGAUGAUGAUGGGGAAGAUACACCUUGGCUUGUGAUUAAGAAAGAGAUCAAAGACACUGCUUCAAAGGCCCAUUAUUCAGGUCCUGUCACUGAUAGACUAGCAUUGAAGGCUGGAGUUUCGUGCAAGCCACAAAAAUCUAAACCUAAAAUGGAUGAUGCUACUAAAAGGAGUAAUGACGACUCAGUAGUUAAUGAAGUUGCUAAAGAAAGUCUUCGGUCUCCCAUUUGCUGCAUCAUGGGACAUGUUGAUACUGGUAAAACAAAGCUGUUGGACUGCAUCAGAGGAACAAAUGUUCAGGAAGGAGAAGCUGGAGGUAUCACUCAGCAGAUUGGUGCAACUUAUUUCCCUGCAGAAAACAUCCGUGAGAGGACCAAGGAGUUAAGACCUGAUGCAAAACUCAAGGUGCCAGGUCUAUUGGUUAUUGAUACGCCAGGACACGAGUCAUUCUCAAAUCUACGGUCAAGGGGUUCAAACUUGUGUGACAUUGCAAUUCUAGUGGUUGACAUAAUGCAUGGUCUAGAGCCACAAACCAUAGAGUCUCUUAAUCUUUUGAGAAAGAGGAACACAGAGUUCAUUGUUGCCUUGAAUAAGGUUGAUAGGCUAUAUGGGUGGAAAACAUGCAAGAAUGCUCCUAUAGAGAAGGCUUUGGCGCUGCAAUCCAAAGAUGUGGUUAUUGAAUUUAACAUGAGGCUCACUCAUGUUAUAACCCAGUUCAAAGAACAAGGACUCAACACUGAGAUUUAUUACAAGAACAAAGAAAUGGGAGACACUUUCAGUAUUGUGCCUACUAGUGCUAUCAGUGGGGAAGGAAUUCCAGAUCUGUUGCUAUAUUUGGUUAUGUGGUCUCAGAAAACAAUGGUUGAGAAACUUACAUUUGUUGACAAAGUGCAGUGUACCGUCCUUGAGGUCAAAGUUAUUCCAGGCCAUGGUACAACAAUUGAUGUUAUUUUGGUCAACGGUGUACUCCAUGAAGGUGAUCAAAUCGUUGCUUGUGGGUCACAGGGACCAAUUAUAACAACUGUUAGAUCAUUAUUGACUCCUCAUCCCAUGAAAGAGCUACGUGUGAAGGGUACAUAUCUGCAUCAUAGAAAAGUAAAGGCUGCGCAAUGUAUCAAGAUUACUGCACAGGGACUUGAACACGCCGUUGCUGGUACUUCCUUACAUGUGAUUGGACCUGAUGUGGACAUAGAAGAAGCCAAGAAAACUGCCAUGGAAGAUAUGAAGUCAAUCAUGAGCUGGGUUGACAAAAGCGGUGAAGGAGUUUAUGUACAAGCUUCAACGUUAGGGUCCCUGGAAGCAUUACUAGAGUUCUUGAAGUCACCAGAUGUGAAAAUACCUGUCAGUGGUAUUGGCCUAGGACCAGUGCAUAAAAAGGAUAUCAUGAAGGCCGGAGUAAUGCUAGAGAAGAAGAAAGAGUACGCUACGGUUUUGGCUUUUGACGUGAAGAUAACUACAGAGGCUCGUGAACUAGCUGACAACAUGGGAGUCAAGAUAUUCUGCGCUGAUAUUAUCUAUCAUCUGUUUGAUCAGUUCAAGGGUUAUGUCAAGGGUGUCCGAGAUGAAGAAAGGAAAGAAACAGCAUCUGAAGUAGUGUUUCCAUGUGUCCUUAAGAUUUUACCAAACAAUGUCUUCAAAAGAGGAAACCCCAUCAUCCUUGGAGUUGAGGUCAUCGAUGGUAUACUCAAGGUUGGAACUCCCAUAUGCUUUCUAAAAGAGAUUGGGAAGUCGAGAGUGUUUCUGGAUCUUGGUCGCGUUGCAUCUAUUCAUAAAGACAAGAAGCCACUUGACGACGCCAAGAAAGGACAGCAGGUUGCUAUUAAGAUCAUUGCCUCUAACCCUGGAGAAGAGAAAACGUUUGGAGAGGACUUUGGUAUAGAAGACGAGCUUGUCAGUCAUAUUUCUAGGAGAUCCAUCGACAUACUCAAAACACUCUACAGGGAUGAGUUGAAGAGCGAGUUCAAGCUUGUUUUGAAACUUAAAAUGUUGUUCAAGAUACAAUAGGUUCCUCUUGCCCUCGGAUUCAUUUUCAAGCUAAGCAUAGAGAGUUACACUGAAGAUUUAAGAGGGACAUGCUCGGUUUCCUUUGUUCUUGUAAUCUUUGCUGAUUUAUUGUUUUUUCGGUUUUGAUAUUUUAGACAUUUUCUAAAUGUCUCUAGACAUGUUAUGCGAUCAAUUAACUCUCCCAUUGUCGAUUUAAAAGAUUAUAUGCAGGCUAAUACUAUGGCGGAAUGUUUUUCUCGUCUACUGUCAUGUUUUGAUGAAUGUUGUGACAACCUGAAUUUGCUAUAGCCGCUAAAUUUUUUAUUUU